AUGGCUUCCGAACUCACGGGAGGGGGGACCUCCUCUUUCAAAAUCCCCAACAAGAACUACCCGCUGAACGCAACAGCGAAGCAAAUGGAAGUCAAGAACAAAAUGCCAGCUCCCGUGCAAAUUACCGCAGAGCAGCUGCUGCGGGAGGCUGUGGACAGGCAGCUAGACGAUGCGCUUGCGCACAAGCCUCAGCAAAGAAUCGUUGACGAGGAAGAGCUGAACGAGUACAGGCUCAACAAGAGAAAGGAAUUUGAAGACACCCUUCGAAGGCAGAGGCAUCAUAUUGGCACCUGGAUCAAAUAUGCGGAAUGGGAAGCUGCCCAAAAAGAAUUUCGACGCGCGCGCAGCGUGUUUGAGCGCGCACUCCUGGUGGACUAUCAGAAUGUCAGCCUUUGGCUGAAAUACAUCGAGAUGGAGGCGAAGAAUAAAUUCGUGAUGAGCUGCAGGAACCUGUAUGAGCGGGCUUGCCAGCUCUUGCCGCGAGUUGAGCAGUUUUGGUUUAAAUACGCGCAUAUGGAGGAGCUGCUCGGCAACUAUGCCGGUGCCCGUGCGGUGUAUGAACGCUGGAUGGAGUGGAAUCCUUCCGACAAGGGAUGGCUUGUGUAUAUUCAUUUUGAGGAGCGGUGCAAAGAGCUCGAGAGGGCAAGACGCGUGUUUGAACGGUAUCUGAGCAACCGACCAGCACAGGAGUCUUUCUUGCGCUUUUGCAAGUUCGAGGAAAGGCACAAGAAUGUGCCUAGAGCCCGUGCUGGGUUUGAGAAGGCAAUCGAGUUGCUGCCUGAAGACAUGCUCGACGAGCACUUUUACAUGAAGUUUGCGGCGUUUGAGGAGCGCCAUCACGAGCAGGCCAGGGCUAAGGCAAUCUAUGAAGCGGCCUUGCAACGCGUUCCAAGGGGCAAGGCGGAGGAGCUGUACAACAAAUACGUGGCUUUUCAGAAGCAGUUCGGAGACAGAGAGGGUCUGGAGGAAACAGUUCUGUCCAAGCGCCGCUUUGUAUACGAGGAGGCGCUUCACAAGAACAAAUGCAAUUAUGACGGCUGGAUUGACUACAUUCGCUUGGAGGAAUCCACAGGCAACAUCGAACGCACGCGAAAUGUAUACGAAAGGGCGGUCGCCAAUACCCCCCCCAUUUUAGAAAAGAGAUACUGGACGCGGUAUAUAUACAUCUGGAUAUCGUAUGCGCUGUUUGAGGAGUUGGUGGCGAAGGAUGUGGAUCGGUGCCGUGCAGUUUACGAAAAGGCGCUUGAGGCAGUUCCGCACAAACUUUUUUCCUUUGCAAAGCUGUGGACGCUGUUUGUCGCCUUUGAGAUUCGCCAACUGAACCUGGAGAGGGCACGGAAGAUAUUUGGAAUGGCGAUUGCGAAAUGUGGAAAGGAAAAAAUCUUUCAAGCGUAUUCGCAACUCGAGCUGCGCCUGGGCAACAUCGAUCGAUGCCGACAGAUCCACGCGAAGUUCAUUGAAACGUAUCCCUUGAACCCAAGAGCGUGGAUCAACAUGAUCGAACUCGAAAUACUUGCAGAAGAAACGGAGCGCGCAAGAGCCCUCUGCGAGUUAGCCGUUUCCAUGGAACAAAUGGAGAUGCCAGAACUGAUAUGGAAGACGUAUAUCGACAUGGAAGUAAAUUGGGGAGCCUUUGAUCGUGCCCGCGCGCUGUACGAGCGGCUGCUGGAUAAGACGCAACACGUGAAUGCCUUUAAGGGAUACGCCACCUUUGAAUGGAAGAAAGCCGAACAAAAGGACAGAUCUAGACAGGUGCUGAACCGCGGGCUGGACGUUUGCAAGACGAACGGGUGGGAUGAAGAACGAGCUGCUCUUCUAGAACACUGGCUGGCUCUGGAGAGAGAGGGGGGUGAUGCGCAGGCAAUUCAGCGGGUGUUCCGACUGCUGCCGAAAAAAAUCAAAAAGCGGAAAACUCAAAAGAACGUGAAUGGAGUUGAGGAGGUCACGGAGACUCUCACAUAUGUGUUUCCCGAUGACGAAGGAUCUGCAGCAAAUCUGAAGAUCCUGCAGGCGGCAAAAAUGUGGAAGAAGCGGCAACUGGAGGCGCAAGGCUAG